GAGAAAGGCAAGCUUUUAUGCGCCGACCCGAAGAGGAUGCUGGAGUCCGGUCUGCAACAAACACACGCUGAGUGAGAGAGAAUAAAUUAGCUUCAGGAGAACGAAAAUCCAUUUUUCCAGUGCUGUGCCAGUAAUACAACAAUAUGUGCAUAUCGGCAAAAUCAUUUCCAGGGAUACACUGAUAAUUACAGUGAGGGCAGCGCAAGUGCAUCUUCUCAACUGGACUCCGCCUGCUGUUGCUGGAGGACUGGUGUGACGGUGUAUGAGACAUUGUGGUCCUCUCUGUAGAAGAAGCGCGUCUUCCAGCGUUCUGAAUCUGAGACUCCUUUGGGUUGCUCCGCCACAGUGAAACCAUGGAGAGAACUGUGAUCUGCACUCUGCUGCUGUCUUGUUGUCUCCUGCUGGAUUUGUGUCACUGCUUCUCGGCCGGCUCAUCCUGCCCAGCGCAGUGUGUGUGUGAAACCCGGCCGUGGUACACCCCUCAGUCUGUGUACCACCAGGCCAAGACCGUGGACUGCAAUGAGCUGCACCUGAGCAGUGUACCCAUCAAUAUUUCAGGUGACACUCAGGUGUUGCUUCUCCAGAGUAAUAACAUCUCCUAUGUUACCAUGGAGCUUCAGAGUCUCGUCAACCUCACUGAACUCGACCUCUCCCAGAACCACUUCACGCAGAUUCGGGAUAUUGGGCUGAAUAACCUGACCAAUCUCAUCACCCUGUACCUGGAAGAGAACCAGGUGAAGGAACUGCCUGAUUUCUGCCUGAAGGACUUAGCCAGCCUGGAGGAACUCUACAUCAACCACAAUCAGAUCUCUUCCAUUGGUCCUAAAGCCUUCUCAGGACUUGGGAACCUCUUGAGGCUUCACCUCAACUCCAAUAAGUUGGUGGCUAUAGAUAGCCAUUGGUUUGAGUCCCUGCCUAACCUGGAAAUUCUCAUGAUUGGGGAGAAUCCUAUUCUGGGCUUGCAGGAGAGGAACUUUCAUCCCUUAGCCAAACUGCACAGCCUGGUUCUGGCUGGCAUGGGGCUCAAGGAUGUUCCCUCAGGAGCAUUUCAGGGAUUGGAUUACCUCGAGAGCCUCUCGUUCUUUGACAACAAGCUGACAUCUGUGCCCAAAGAUGCCCUCCGUGGUCUGCCCAACCUCAAGUUUCUGGACCUCAACAAGAACCCCAUCAGCCGUGUGCAGGAGGGAGACUUCCGGGACUUCCCCCACCUGGAGGAGCUGAGCCUGAACAACCUGGACGAGCUGGUUGCUGUGGAGAGGGGAGCUUUCUCUAACCUCCCGGAGAUGGCCAAGCUGGAAAUUCGCAACAACCCGCACCUGUCCUACAUCGACCGCGCCGCUUUCGUGGACAUGAGCGCCUUGCGCACGCUGCUAGUUAGCAACAAUGACCUCAGCCUGCUGCCGCGCGAGCUCUUCGCCUCCUUCCCCAGCCUGGAUGAGAUCAGCCUGCACAGCAACCCUCUCAGGUGCGACUGCCUCUCCACCUGGUGGCCCGUGCUGGGGAAUCAGUCCACCCUCAGGCUGCUGGAAUCUCAGAUCACCCUCUGCGCCUUCCCGCCCCAGCUGCACGGGCGCAUGCUCCAGGAAGUGGUAGCCACGAGCGGGAACGCCGCCAGCAACACCUGCCUCCCCGUCAUCUCCCUCCACACCUUCCCCCUGCACCUCAACGUCACUGCAGGGGAGCCCCUGACUCUGGACUGCUGGGCCGUGGCUGACCCCGCGCCCCAAUUCUACUGGGUGACGCCGACGGGGGAUAAGGUGACCUCAGAGGUCGUGGCACCAGUUCUGAUCGAUGGCAGUGGCAGGAAAAAGCACAGGCUGCAGAACCAGGGAGCCCUGGAGAUCCUCCACGUGGAGCCCGAGGACGCUGGCCUCUACACAUGCGUGGCUUGGAACGCAGAUGGCGCAGACACACGCAGCGUCACCGUGCAUGUGGACAAGAGCUACUGGCACAAUGGCGGGCAGGGCACGGGGGAAGGCUCCGGAAACACCACGGGGGCGCUGGUGGUGUUGGCCAAGAUCAUCCACUCCCAGUCUGUGGUGCUGGAGUGGAAGCUCUAUCCUGCCGUCUCCCCCUCCGGCCAUGAGGUCGCCCAGCCCAAGUGGGCCAGCGCCACCAUGAAUAUCGACAACCCCCAGAUCAGCUACACGGCCAAGGUCCCCGUGGACGUGCAGGAGUACAACCUCACACACCUGCUGCCCUCCACAGAGUACCGCGUCUGCCUGACCAUGGCUGCCUCCGAGCAGCAGACUCAGCGCUCCUGCAUCAACGUCACCACCAAGGAGGCCAGCUUCGCCGUGGAGAUGGUGGCCCAGCCCACCAAUGUGGCCCUCGCCGCCGUCAUGGGUUCCAUGUUUGCCAUCUGCAUCAUGGCCCUGCUGGUCUUCUACAUGGGCCGCCGCAUGAAGCAGAAGUCCUGCCACCACUCCCUGAAAAAGUACAUGCAGCACGCCACCUCCAUCCCCCUAAAUGAGCUGUACCCCCCUCUCAUUAACCUGUGGGAGAACGAGGCGGAGAAGGAGAAGGAGGGCCCGGUCGAUCCCCAGAAUUCACAGAUAGACACCUCAAAGACGUACAUGUGGUGAUUUGAAGCGAAACUCCACAAAGGAGAGAGAAAAAGACUCUCAGACUGCUGUGCGUUAAGAGCUGUAUGUAAUCAUAGUUCUCGUUCACUCUUGAGAUUUAAAGUCACUUUGAUGAACUGUGUCAUGGUGAAAGGUAGCUGUGUUUCUGAGAGUGGAAAUCUCACCUUAUUCUCUCUGUCAUGCCCACGUUUGCAUUUCUUUGAUGCUUCUUUGAAUAACUCUCCAGUGAUUUAAGAAGUGAUGUAUAGUGACAGAAUAGACUGCGCUUGGGGCUGGAACCCCCCCACCCUCCACCCCCCCACACACAGACACACUCUUACCCCAUCUCCUUCAGCGUGCCCUGGUGUGCUGGGACAAGUUCAGUGUGAGUGGGAACCACAAAAAGCUUCUCUGUGUAGCACAACAAGCAUCUCCUCCAUAUGACCCCGGACCGAGGACCUUGGAGUAAUGACUGGUCUGCCCACCGCGCCACUGGCAGUAUACAUCGGCAUAAACAUGCGGGGUUUACAGGCCUUUCCCUGCUUUCACGCUUAUGUGGAAACAACAUCGCUGUCUCUGCGCAUCAGUGCUGGGGUCGGAAACAUAAAAAAACACCCUGUAUGUUUGACUCCUUCCUGUUACCAGUAAUCGUCGGCCGCAUGUGUUGCAGACAGUGGAGACCAAAAUUCAUUGGGAAGUGGAGACUCGGACCCUCCCGUUUCUUGCAUUCUUCACAUCAGCGUUUGGAUGUGGCAAUGUUUUUUCACUGAAGCAUGCUUGUUUCUUUUGCAUAGUGAUAUUUAUUUUUAACAAUGGGAGGAAAUAACAAGAACUACAGUGUGCAUCUGGAGAUUGUACGUGAUGUGAUGAAGCUAUGCCUGCUAUAGAUUAUACCCUUCACCAGGUCCACCCACAGUUUCAUUCCUAGCAGAAAAGUACCAGAUAUGUCACAGGACCAGAUAUUUCACAGUACAUUCCUGAUCAGCAAGACCUCAUGUAGUGAGUGUGGUAGUGAUGGUGGAGACACAUUCAAACUGAGACCUUUUCUGAAUUUCAGGGUGCAGCUACCUAUUUGAAACUGAAUACUGUUUAUGAUCACAAAGGAUUGGGUGCAUUUUAUGUAAUAUACAUAACAUUUUUAUUAUUUAUAUCAUUUACUGGGCACAAUUCACAUUAAUUUGGGCCAGGGCAGUUUAAAGCUCAGCUCAGCAGCAGGCCUCACCGUUAGAGACUCCUGGUUGGCAUGUCUGGAGAAGCUGUGCAGAGAUGGCACAUGCUCCAUGGGCUCAUUCACGGUUCC